AUGAUCGAUCACUCUCUCCUCCAUCCGACCCUGACUGACGCCGAUAUCCUCGCAGGGCUCAAAAUUGCCCGAGAUCACAAAGUGGCUACUGCCUGCGUUAAAUCCUACUCUAUUCCUCUCGCCGUGAGUACUACCGAGAUCAAAGUGGCCGAAGCAAUCGCGGCGGUCACAGUAGGGGGUUCCGAGAUUGAUAUGGUUGUCAAUGUUGGUAAAGUCCUUGGCGGCGAUUGGGAGUAUGCGACCGAGGAGAUUCGACGGAUCAACGACGUUGUCAAGGCCAGAGGCGCUUUGCUCAAGGUCAUUUUCGAGAAUGAUUAUUUGAAAGACAACCAUAUUGCACGGCUUUGUGAGAUCUGCACAAGGCUGGAUGUUGCGUUUGUCAAGACUUCGACGGGAUACGGAUUCGUGAAGCAGGCGGACGGGUCGUAUAAUUACAAAGGCGCGACGGUAAGGCAUCUCAGGCUGAUGCGCGAGAAGGCUGGUGAGAAGGUGCAGAUCAAGGCUGCUGGCGGCGUCAGGACCUUGGACGACUUGCUGCAUGUCAUGAGCUUGGGGGUCACUCGUAUUGGGGCCACAGCUACCGUGGCUAUUCUGGAGGAGGCGAGGAAGCGCGGCAUCGGAAAUGAGCCCGUCGAAGUAUCCUUCAAGCCGAUGAACGAUGCUGGGGAAACGGGUGGAUACUAA